AUGGACCCCUCAAACCCACGCGAACAACCAUGGGCAGAGCACGAAAAGGUCUAUCUACUUGCUGAAAUACUAAAAGCCCAUCCAAUACCAUCUAAUGUUCUUUACGGGGUUAUACGCGACGCAAACAUCCAGCCGCGAUGGAAUGACACAGCGUUGCCUCCUGGCCGCUCUGUUCGCUCCAGUCAAAUGGCCUUCGACAAUAUCGCAAUGGCAGCGUCGGCCGCCCCGGGGCAAGAGUACAGGCGCCCGCAACUACCUGCUCCGAUGAUGUAUCCAAAUCCCGAUAUCAACAAGAAGCGACCACAUCAGCAAGAAGGCUCGGUAUCCGCCCCGAUAGGCCGUUUACUACAACCUCGUCCGCCACAUCCGUACCCAGGAGAAUACAUGCCCGCUGGCCCUGCGUAUAUGCCCGUUACAAAUCCACCCGGAGAGCCGGCGAAUAAGAAGAAGCGCGGAAGACCAACAAAGGCCGAGGCACAACAAAGGGCACGGGAAGCUGAAGCAAGGGGCGAGCCAUACCCACCCCUUAGAAGGGGGCGUCAAUCCAUCACAGGACCAAUCGGUAUAUCGCCGCUCAGCUCAGAUCCGCGACCAGCCGAAAGAUCAACUCCACCGCCUGCGCCAGCUCAAUUGGCUCCUGCUGCCAUGACACCACAACGUCAGAUAGGUGUGGAACAGGGAUCAGAGUCUUCAUCAGGAAAGAAAAGACGUACAAGACCGCAGCCAUUAGAGCUGGAGAAACACAGCGCACCAGGCGAACUAGGAUCGCCUCUCCCAUAUGGGCCGGGCGACUACAGGCCUCCCCAAGGAUAUACCUAUACGCCCAUCUCGGCGCCCUUGCCGUCUUCUUCUGGACCUAGAGAAAGAGAUACGCGCAUGGAAGGCGUCGAAGAAAACCAACCACGGACCACGACACCUCACUCUUUUAAAGACACAGUCGGCAUAUGA